CCGUGAUACUGGUGGAUAAGAUUCCACGAGAAGGACCAUCCUCCCAACUCAACUACGAUGCCCAUAUCCACUUCAGUCCUGAUUCAGACCAAAUCCGAUCGCGAAAAUGGAGGUCGCCAUGUCUCUCAACGCUCUGGUUCGACUUCCCCUUUCGAAUUCGAAGCUAGCCGAAGAUGGGCGGGUCCGGCACUCGCUCUUCUCGUCGAGGACGGUGCAGAAGCCUGAGCGGAGGCAUCGCCACACUUUUGUGGUCGAAGCGAAAGGCAAAAAGGGGAUGCAAGCUCGUCGGUUUCAAAAGGCUGCGCCUCCACCGCUACCCAAGAUUGAAGACGACGGCAACCCUAAGUUCGUCAUCUUCAUCCGCACGGCCGAUGUUUAUCUAUGGUACCCUCUGAGUCUUAUAAAUGGUGGCACAACCGCCAAAAUCAUGGUUGCAGCAAAAGAUAAUUUUCUGGGGAAAUAUAUCUAUAAAGAUACUCUGGCUAGGAACCUUGCUGCUGUCAUUUACCGUGAUGAAAAGGAGAUACAGAAGACGGCGUUCAAACAGUUUCGCGUGUUGCGGACAGCGACAGAAUUCAGAUAUGGCUACAAGAUUGUCGAAAAUGGCAAUCUGAGAUCCGCACUUUCUACCACAGAUGUAAUCGAGCUUCCAACUCAAGACCAGCUGAAGACAGUUCUUGAUAAAGUUAAGGACUUCUUUGGAGAUGCAAAGGAAUCAUUUGGCAAACUCACUGCAAUAGGCUCACUUGAAGGUGAGGAGUCAGAUGAGAAUUCAGAAGAGAAGGCCAAGGUUAAAACUUGAGACUGAAGUGGUCGUCUUACUGGAAAGUGCAACAGCACGACGAACGUCCUAAACUCGGGAGCUUUGGAAGGUACAUAGAAGGGUGGACUAGCAAAGUUUUUUUUUUUGUAUCCAAAAUGUUCGUAGCUGAAAAAUUAGGGAGCUUUAUACGGUGUAUGUUUGAUGAACACACAGCAGUGGUAAUGUUCACAAGUUUCACCAACGGGUUUUGAUCACAAA